GCCGGUGGGGCUCGCUAUAGCUGAUGCCGAUCUGCCUCCCAUGUUUGGGGAGACCGUCGUCACUGGCUAUGGUUCCGUGGUAACCGGCCAAAUCCGGGAGGGUGAGAACCAAGAGCUCCGGCGGAUGAUAGCGCGGGAAGUCCCGAGGGCGGAGUGCCGGCUGGUGUACGGGAAUGACUACAGCUUGCAGCACGACCACAUGUGCUUGCAGAGCGUCGUGAAGGGCGUCGCUUUGUGCGCUGGUGACACGGGAGAUCCAGCAGUUCACUUCAGCGGGUUGAAUAGAGCUGGAACGUUAUACGGCAUAGCCCUCUUCUCAGGCACGGAGGAAUGUGCUUACAAGUCUAAACCUGGAAUUUAUGCUAAGGUGUCUUACAGCCGCCAAUGGAUCGACAAACUAAUCGGGGAAACCCCGGACCGUACGGAAAGCGCUGACAGUGGAGAAAACGCCAUCCCAUUGGAUAUGGAAUAAUUAUUUAUUCGUUAUUUUAUGCUAAAAACUAUUUAAUAAACUUUAAAACAAAAAACAGAGUAUUUGAGAGAUAUACCACUCAAUUUUGGAAAGAUUUGGCAAGAAUACGAAUCUGGGCUAAGUUAUUAGGAUAUAUCAGUUUUUUUACAGUGAAAUUUCCCGUAGCGUUUAAACCAAAAUAUAGUAGGUUUGCUUUUAGAGGUUUCCCUUCUGAAGUUAUUGCAUUACAAUAUUUUUCUACAAACCAACAAAUUUUUAAUUGACGUGCGAGUGGGAUGUUAUAAGAACAACACAAACUUAAUUACUUUAGCACCACUAUAAUGAUGAAAAUGUGUUGACCAAUUACUUUAAUAGAAAACCUAUCGUCAGUGUCAGCGUUAGACAAGCUAACAUAAUUAAUGAUCUUUUAGUCGAUCGGCAUUAUUAGAACGUUGCUUUUAGUAGAAAAGUAAUUUUGCGACAGUUUUCAUGUUGAAUUCUACUAGCUAGUGUGGCUUCAUAGAAAGAUGAGAACAAAAUUUUCUAAAGAUGAAUCCAUCAGUAUUAUUCGAGAAGAAAUGGUUAUUAACAUACCUAAAAGAAUACUUCAAGAUCCCCCAGUGGAUUACAUAGGCUCCGAUUUUCAAGGGCUUCUUUUUCCAAUCACGGCUUUGCAGAAGAUUUUUAUGUUGUCAAAAUUUCGUAUUCAUCAGAAUAUUAUUUCAUCUAACUCCACUACUUAUACUAUUGUGUCCUUUAUUUUCUUGUUUUCGUAUAUUGUGUUAUACUUAAUUGACAUACAAAACUCCAUGCCUUUCGUAAUCUUGAUCAAUAAUCAAUUUGUGUUUAUAGUAAUUUCGAACAUAACGUUGCAAGUAAUGGGAAUCGUUUUAAUCUUUUUCGUAAAUUUACUUCAUGAUGUCAAUAACAAUCAUGUUAUUAUUAUCAAGAAAGUGCAUUAUGCGUACAGAAUUAUAAACUGCAUAAGUUAUAUCAGUAUGAAUUCUUUUAAACUGUGCAACUGGAUAUACGUUUUCGUUAUUUAUUUAUCUAAUAUUUUUAUACCAAGUAUAAAUUAUUUGGCUGUAAAUGAUACGUCUACUGAUACCACGAUAUUAUUGUACAUGGCAUCUCUCUCUUAUUUUGAUAUGAAUAUGCUUUAUGCGAUCAGAAUUCUAAAUUUAAUGAGGAUUGGACUAGCCAAAUGGAUUCUGGAAGUUAGAUUUUACGCAAAGUUGAAUGUAAUGUUUAGUGACUAUGAGAUCGGUGUCAAUAGUGUUCUCCUAUGGGAAAAGUUACAGGAUGCGUAUAUGAAUAUUGUCGAAGCAUUUAGUAUUUUUGAAAAGGUUUUUGAAGUGCCGGUAAGGAUCAACAAGUUUGUAACCAAAUGAAUUAGAAUUAAUAGAGUAUGACAGUGUUAUUAUGUUGAUUGCAGGUUUUCUACCAAGCCUUUGAAAUAUUUGUGCAUGUCUUAAUACAUGUUCAAGUGUUUAUAGAAGUUCAUAAAGCAAAAGUCUUGAAUAAUUACGUAAGUAUACCACAUUCACUAUGAUCAGACUCAAUAUGCCGCGUUUGACCUCCGACUAGUAAUAAAUAUAGACUGGUAGUUGUUCAGGGCAUCUUUCUGGGUCCCAAUCAGUAAAUAUUGCUGCUUCAUUAUACCAAACUUUAUUUUUACCUUAUUUUUCUCAGGUGACUGGUAUUUCUCCAAAACUGGUGGUAUUCGGGUGGCAGUUAAAGAAUUUCAUCAUACUCAGCGUUUUAUGCUACUCGUGUCAUAAUUUCUAUAAAACAAUAAACCAUGCUGACACUGUCUGUGCUUACAUACUAAGGAAUAAACAUCGUACAGGUAAAGCAAAAUACUCUACCUACCUUCAUUGGGAUGAUCACAACAGAAAAAAAUCGCCAAUACAUCGCCUGACUUAUUAAAGAAAAUAAUGCGCUGUUUUUGUGGGACAUUUUUGAUACAAAUCUACGUAGUUAUUGAGAUUUAUCACAAUAUCUUCAUUGAUAAUCCUUCUUGCGAAUUUUGUAAAGUAGUCUCGCUAUUACUUCUAACAAGUAAG